AUGGAGCUUAUAUCAAAAAAUGGGUUAAAAACAUAUUUGGGCGUUAUAGCCCAAAGCAAUCAAAUUGGAAAUGCUGGGGAUGAAUUUUCUUUAAUUAUUGACCAGAAUCCGUUGACUGAAUUUGUUGAGAAACCGGUGGAAUUUAAAGAUUUGUGUUAUUCUCAAGCUAUUUGUGGAUGUAUAAGAGGAGCAUUAGAAGCUAUGCAUAUGGAAGUGCAGGUUACUCUUGUUGCUGAUCUUCCUGAUCCAACUGAAUUAAGAAUUAAAUUCCAUAGAAUUUUGCAUGAAUCAAUUCCUGCUGGAGAUGAAUUAUAA